CUACUUUGUAAAUACAUACUGUACAUAUAGCGAGAUGAGUACACAAACCCGUUCUGGAGGUGGCGGCGGUGGCGGCGGCGGCCGUAACAAGUCCAAGGCCAAACAUCAUGAAAACAAGGAAAAUCUGGCCAAGGACGAAGGACAGAACCAGUCACAGCAGUAUCCGAAAGGUGGUGGUUCGGCCGCGAACAAUGUCAGUGGAAAUGAUGGGUCAGCUGGUACUGGUGUUUCCGUUGGCGGUGGCAAAGGAGGCGACCAUCAUAAACAGAAGGGCAGCGCAGGCCACAAGGGCACAGAUAAUGCGGCACCGAAGGUUGUUGAUGUGAAGGAAAAGCAGCAGAAGGAAACCGGUGGCGGCGGUAAUGCCGGCAGCAACAACGAAAAAUCCGGCGGUUCUACAGGAGUGUCCUCCAGUGCUGGUGGGGCCGGUACCGGUGGUCCAUCCGCUACUCACACUGCGGUAAAGGCAAAGCAACCGACCGCCGAACAGAUCCGCAUUGCUCAGAUCACAGACAUCAAGAGCGGCAUGGAUGAUCCGAAGAUUCAGGAGAAAAUCCAAAGCCUGAUGGAAACGACGCAACGCUCCGAGGAGGAGGUGUGCUGCGCGCUACAGGAGUGUGACAGCGAUCUCGAUCGGGCGGUCAUCUUUCUGCUUGAGACGCUCCCGGUCGGUGCGUUUGCGACUACGUCCAAAAAGAAAAAGAGCAAAUCUCAGGCGGCGGCUCAGAAGGACGGUGAUGACGGUGACUGGGAUACGGUUGGGCCGGUUACCGUCGGUGGAACCGGUGUCCAGCUCGGUGGCAUCAAUGUGGAUCUGAAGGAGCAGCAGCGCCGCGGUGGCAAUCGGGGCGGCCCGGGCAACCAACGUUCCGCCGGUGGUCCUGGUCGUGGUGGCCGUGCGGGAGGCUAUCGUGACGGUGGUGGCGAUCGUGAUCGGGAUCGCGACCGUAACGGUUACGAUAAGGGCGGGGAGGGCGGUGGCUACCGUAACCGGGCGGGAGGUGAUGGAGGUCGUAUGCGGGGUGGUCGCGAUGGCGGUGGUCCGGGUGGUCCGGGUCGCGGUAACUACGGAUCGCGAGGUGGUCGUGGCGGUGGUCCGCGGCUUGGCACUCGUGGGCCGGGAUCGCGGGACCAGAACCGAGGCUCGCGGAUGAUGAACAGCGAUCAUCAGGAGAUCGACUCAUGGGAGCCGGUCACAACGCCGGCAAACGCAAACGAUCUCAAGCCGGAGGAGUGUACGGCGUUCACCGAUACGUGGGGCGACUGGGACAACGAAGAGUAUACGGGUUCGUUGUCGGAUACCAAAGUUUUUACGGCAAGCAGCACUGCGGGAACGGGCCCAACUACUGCACCAGGCGCACAGCAGCAGCAGUCGCAGCAGCAAUCCACGCAAACAGGCGUACCAACGGCGGGUUCCAAUGCCACGGAGCUAGCGGCGCCGCCGGGAUUGGAGCAGCAGGUGCUAAAUCCACCGCCGCCCAAAGACACGGAGCUGGUGCAACAGUACAGCACGACCGUCGUGUCGAGUACGGCUACUGCUGCGGUAGCGGCCGGUGGUGCCGGUACUGGUGGUGUGGCUGGCGUUGUGCCUCAGUAUUCGGAUCUGCACGCAGGCACACCGAACGCUACGACGGCCGCCCAGCACCUGCGACAGGCACUCGACAUGCCACCGAUGAACACGUCCUCAUCCCUCUCUGCAGAACAAAGUCAGUAUUUUAGCACAUUAUCAUCUCAGAAUUCCAAUCUCCAGCCAGCGCCGGGCGCCGUCGGUUUCCAGCAGGGCGCGCAGCCGGGCACGGGCCCGUCGCAGCAGCAGCAACCCGCAUCCGUAUCGCAAGCGCAACAGCCCCAGCCGCCCCAAACUAAUUCCGUGCAAUAUCCGACCGCUUACGUUGGGGGAGCGAACGAAGCGGUAGCCGGGGCACCGACGAGUUAUGCGGCGGCGGCCACCCAGCAACCGCCGGUGCGGCGGCAGCAACGAGCCAGGGUACCGCCACCCUCGAAGAUCCCAUCCACUGCUGUCGAAAUGCCGGGCGACAAUAUGAACAACAUUGGCUACCUGGAUGUGCAGUUCGGUGGCCUUGACUUCGGUGCGGACGAUUCGUUCGAUGCGGUGGUAUCGGACAAGUUUAACACCACCGGAGGUAGCGGAGGAGGCGGUGGUGGUGCGGGUGGCGUCAUGGACCAAUCGUCGUCAGCCGGACAGGCUUCGGUGGUGUCGCAAGCGACACAGUCGGUCGGUCAGCCCCAGGCGUCCCAAACCCAGACUGUGCAGCAGCAGCAAGGUGCGCAGGUGCCGCAAGCAUCGGUCGGUGUGCAACCUCCACCAACGCAAAGUCAGUUGCAGCAGCAACAGGUCGUUUCACAACCUCCGCAGCAAGCCGUCCAGCAGCCGGAUGUGAAUGACUACCAGUCGAAGGUUGGCGGAGGUGUGGUCGCGGGUAGCGUUGUUGUGCCGAACAAUUUGCAGCCGAAACCGUCCAACCUGCCCGUCGCACCCGGUUUGGCAUCGUCGCAGAUUAUGCCGGGACAGGGUGGAGCGGAAGCGCUUUCCGCUCAGAACGAUGCGCUUACCAACAGCUACUCGCAGCGCAACAAUGCAGCGGGUUCGGUGUCCACGUCCGUUAGUGCGGGUGUAAACUCCAUGAGCAAUGCGGCAGCGGCGCUUGAUCAGCUGACGAAAUCGGAUCCUUACGGUCAAUCGGCCGGUACAAACACGGCACUGACCGGUGGCUACCAGAACGCACCUUACUCGUCUACGCAAACGAAUAAAGCGCAGUCGUAUCCUCCUACCGGUGCGCCGCAAGCGUACAACAACUUGAGUUAUUCUACCAACCAGGUCACGAAUGCCUAUCCUCCAUCGACGAAUAACUACGGUUCGUACAACCAGGGUAAUGUGAAUGCUUACCAGCCGCCCAGCAAUAGCGUGACCAACAACGUUGUACCGAAUAACAACACGGGCAACUCCGUCGGUGGUGUGUCGAAUCAAUCGAACCUGCCGGUCAACAAUAACGCCGUGAACAGCAGCUCGAACAAUAAUUCCGGUGGCUACCUGUCCAGCCAGUAUCCCGUUAGCCAGACGUCGUCUGCCUUCCCGUCACAGCAGAACUAUCAGAACAGUUCGCAGAACGUGUACGGAAAUGCCGGACUCAGCGGCAACACAGGUGUGGCAUCCAGCACGGUUUCGAACAGUAGUACGAAUAAUUCCAACAAUAAUGUAACCAGUUCGUCUUCGCUGCCCAUCAGUUCCGUGGUAUCCACGACAACGAAAAGCAGCACUAGUACCAGCGGCACGGGUGUGGUUACCAACAUGCCAUUGGUUAAUCCGUACAUUCAGGCACCGGGAAUGCCAUUCUAUCAGCAGGCCGCUGUCUAUUCGUACGAAGAUCUGCAGCUAAUGCAGCAGCGUCUGCCGCACGUGCCUGGCUUUUACGACAUCAACUACCAGACGCCUACGAGUCUCGGCGCGGCCGGUGUACGCGAUGCGAACCUCGGUUCCGUCGCGUACUCGACCAUGUCCGAUGGUCGGUUCACGCGAACCGACAACAACUCGUCACCUGUUAGUAAUGUUCCCAGUUCCUUGUCCCAACAAACAGGGUCUGGUGGUCCUAUGUUGAACCUGCCAUACGCUUAUUUUUACGGCGGCAAUAUGAUGCCGGCCAGCGGCUUCCAAUAUGGCACACCUGUCUAUCCUCAACAGAUGCCCACAAACGCGGCAACAUCCGGCGGUCAGUUCCAGAAGCCUGCGUAUAACACGGGAGGAUAUGGUUCGGCAACCGGCUAUGAUACGCUCGGUCAAUCGGGGCAGGACUAUAACAAGAAUGCCUACCAAGCGUCGAUCGUGGGACAACAGCAAUCGAAGGGUCAAACGGUGGCCAAUCCGCAGUCCGGCACGGGCAGUGGAUCCGAUAUGGCACCGUCAAUGUAUGGUAAAAAUCAUGUGGCAAUUAACAAAGUCAAUUAUGACAAACAAUCGUUCCAUUCUGGAACUCCGCCGCCGUACAACAUUGCCGGAACACAGACGGCUGGAACUACUUCCGCACAACCCUACGGGCAGCAUCUGGCGUACAUACCAACGAUGGCUACGCAUCACAAUAUCAACAUGCAUCAAAACAUGCAUCAGGAUUCCAACAGCAGCGGUCAAAGACCACAGACUAACAACCAGGGAAAGACUGGCAGCAAGCAGCAAGGCUACUCUUCGUCUACUUAUUGGACUGGGCAGAAUUAAAAUCGUGAGGGAAGGGAAAUAGCAACAGCUAGAACAGAAAGCGCUAUAAUAAUGUAAAAAAAACAUGUGGUAGUGUGUUUUCGAUAGAUUCUUUCCAAUAAUAAACAAAACAGCAACACACAUCCAAAAACAAAACACAAUUGAAAAAAAACACACACACAGACACACUUACACAAACAUACAUACGGACCGAUGGAAAGGACAACAAAAAGGGAUAUGGCAAAAACACAGCAGCGAUCGAAGCGAUUAAAAACAGUACGUGUGUGAGAGAGAAAAAGAGAGCAUGCAGGUGACAGAGAAGGAUAUAGGAAAGGACAUAAUAUAUUUAGUGUCAGCUGAUCAUCGGUGUCCGUUGAUCUCUUAUACGGAAGGAAUGGUUCCAUUUUACGUUUAUAACUCGCGCAUAACAUACCAUACGCAUAUGCAUGAUACAUAAAACUCGAGAUAGUAUCGUACAUAAAAAAAUAAACCCAUUUUUCAUACAUAAAGACAAGCGGAAGAAGCAAACAAAUACAAAUUUAAAAUACUUAAUUCAAACUCACCAGAGCGAAUGGCCAUUUUUUGUUGUACGAGAGAUGAGAGUGAGGAUCAAGGGUCCGGUGACGACGAGAGCCUUAACUAUUUGCUACUAAUUAACGCUUUAAACGAGACGCUGGUUUUGGUUUCCCUUUUUGUGUUUUAUCGUUGUUGUGUCCCCAGCAGUAUCCGUGGAUAGUAGAGCACGGCAUUACGGCAAAUGUCGUUAUCGUUUGGACAGGUUCGUUUCUAAUUGGCGGCAAACCGUCCCUUAGGGUUUGUCUUUGAUAAUAGUGUGCGCUAUUUGUGAUGAGAUCUGAUCUAGUUCAUGACACACGGAAAAGAAGGACACUCCUCGCUGGUUGAAGGUGUAUUGUGUCCCUCGUCCUCGCGAAGGAUCGAUUGCUGAUUUAUGUUUAAGUAUGUGUGUACGCGUUUGGAAUAAUUUUAGAAACGUUUUCGUUUUCCUCUAAGUGACAUAACAUAACCGUUGUCAGACGAUAGCAAAUAUCAACCACACUCUAAAUCGGACGCAAACGACUUUACCAUGCAUGUGUGCUUGCUGUAAAUUGGUAUAGAUGCACAAUAAGCAUAUACAAAUUGAAAGUGGAAGAAAGCGAUCCAUGUCGCUUGCACACAUACGCUCACACACACUCACACACCCACACUACGUGAUCUCUGGAAUAUUGAAUGGAGCGAAUCGAUUCGAAUGCUACACUAUCCAUCUUUGUGUUGGAGUAAGGAAUGACGUAUAAUCUGAAUGACUAAUGAUAGAAUAAUGACGAAUCAAAUAAUGAAAUUGGCGCUACAAUACAGACUGAAUCAAUGAAAUCUAUGAAAUUGAGUGUUUCUUUUCCCUGUACGAACUAAAUAAAGAGGCUGGCUGGUCACGCGAAUGGUAAUCAA